AGCUUGUGGUUAGUUUUGAGCGGGAGAUCGAACGGAACGCGUCUCGCGAGAAGGAACGGAGAAGGCGAACAAGUUGGACGAAGAUGAUGAGACAUGCCGGCUAGAUGACACGGAUAUGUCGAACGAAUCGAUAAACAAUUUACGAUGCGACUGGAUUGCUUGAAAUUAAAGGAAGGAAUCGUUGAUCCCUAAAACGUUUGAAGGAGGUGUGAUCCAUUCAGAUUGAUAUCGAGGUCGUGAUCAUUGGAGGGGGCAACGGAAGUGAUAAAAGGUGCACGUGGUAGGGUAAUAUCGGUGUGACGAAAUCAAAAGUGUAUUAAUUGUCGUUCUGAUUCCUGGUCUAUACACGCUUCAACUAUCUAUAUCUUUGAUUGUGCUAAAUAUUGUUCAAUCAGAUACAGGUGAACUUCUAUUUAAAUAUUUGAAAAAAUACUUAUCCGGUGAAAUCUAGUCUUCGUCAAGGAUGCAUUUAAGAUCCGUGAUCGUGAUCGUAUAUUUGUGCGUGGUGCAUGCAAACUGCCAGUUCUUCGAUAUUAAGAAUUUGAAGAAUUACGCAAAGAUAUUUAACUUCGGUGGUUUGUCGCUAAACCAGACUGAGAAUGAAUUGUGGAAAGGAUUGAUCAGGGACUGUGAUCGAUCCGUAACGUUUUCCUGCAUACAGAAAAACGCUUACACGUACCUAGACAAUGUUUUCGUGGAGAGAGAUAAUAUCACGGUGUUUGAGGGUUUGACUAUGACGAAAAAUAAUUUGGACUAUGGAACAUGUCGCAGGAAGAGUGAUGAAGAUGAUUCCAUGGAUGAGAAUCUGGUGGAAAGGUCCAGUAAGGAUAAUUGCGACGAAGACGAAAGUGAAGAGGAGAAGGGGGAGGAAAGAGGUCGACAGUUCGGCGAGGAGCAGUCACCUUUGGAGGAAGUGACUAACGCGUUACGGAAGAGGGCGAUGAAAUUCCUUGCGACCAGGGAUUAUCAGAUUCAAUUACCCGAUUUUUUCUUCGAAGGAGCCACGAUUCGAAUAAGUCCUCGUGAGAUUGAUGAAAAUGGCGCUCUGGUUAGAGUAGACUUCGGUCAACAAGGCUUAGAAAGCGAAGGAAGAAUCUUCAAGAAAAUUAGAAAAUUUAUACAGAACAAGCUGAUGACAAGUUUGUUAGCCCUGUUGCUCAUCAUCAAACUAAUCAAAUUGAAGUUCAUGUUCGUGAUACCGUUCCUGUUCGGCGUGGGCACAGCGAAGAAGCUCUUCCUGAAAUUGUUACUUUUCUUUAUCCCAGCAUUUGCGCACGUUUUUAAGUUAUGCUCGAGCUACUAUUCUGCGCACAGUACAAAGUACCACCACCACCAUCAUCAGGUAGCGCAUCACCAUCACCACGUACCAGUUCCAGUACCAGUUCCAACUUACUACAACCAUCACCACCACCAUCACGACGAUGAGUUCGAUGGUUACGAUUAUGCUCAUCCUCAUAUUCAAUAUCGAAAAGACAUCGAAGAAUUGAAGGAAUGGGGCAUCGAACCUUACGAAGAGUCUUACGAAGCUCAAACCGAGCCUGUAGGAGCUGGCACGGUGCCAGCUCGACCUCCACCAGGAGUGCUGCCGGCGCCAUUCCCAGCGCCCACUUACUCUGGAACGUAUGGUAUUCCUCAGUAUGCGCCGAACGCGCAGCCAAUAGCUUCUCCGUAUUUAGAAAAACGUCCGCUGACAUCUGCUCAUAAUCUGGCCUACUCAGCAUACGUUGAUAAUAAUCGUAGAACAGUUGUUCAACCAGCUUCGCCAACUGUCGUCAACGUCCCUUUAAAUCCUGCAAACCUGCCGUCAACGAUGUUGCCAACUGCGACAAAUAUAAAGAAUUCGUACAUUGCGUUUGGACAGCAAAAUGCGAGACAAGCUUCGGCGAAGAGCAGUCAGGUAGAUUCGAAAGCAACAGUGGUUACACAACGAUCAGGAUACGACGAUGAAUAUUAUGGACCGAUAAUUAACAGGCUUGAAGAUAUAUUUAAGCAACUUAGAUUCGUCGAAGAAAGUUGCAAAGAGAGGCUCGUGUGCAGUAUGUACAAGAAUCCGGCUGUGUAUUCGCCGCACAGCAACCUCGUUUCGAACGAACUGUCCAGAGAUCCACAGGAGUUGAAACGUACGGGGACCGAAAGCUCGUCCAGCAAGAAGUUCCACAGAUAUUUCAACGCGGCUAGAUUGGGUCAAGAUGGUGGAGAUUGCUUGAGAACAUAUCCAUGUCACAUAAAUACCGAAUAAACUCGGUGUGAAUUUUUGUUACUAAGUAAUGAAGAAUUGUCGUGGGGACAAGAACAUAUGUUGAAGUCACCGACUUCUGGCAUCAUGACAUGAGUACGACUGGUGGGUCUGUUCCGCUAGGCGUUAUCAAGGCGGCCACGGACACGGCUGUAGGCUAUUAGUUAGUGUCAAGGCCAUGAAUUGAUUAUUUGGAUAGAGGAUGUCAGAUAAUUUUACGUCCAAUUUAUUAAAGUAUUUUAUAAUAAUAAGGACACUUUUUGUAAUAUGUAAAAGUACUUCGAUUGUUCCUUGUGAAGCUUAGUGCUCGCACUCAUGGCAGCGUUACGUGGAAUUUGUGAUGGGAUGAAUACUAAAUCGAGAAGAAGCGAGCUUUCUAUUCGAUUUCAUUAAAUACUUUCUAUUAGAAAUGUAAAUACAAGAUCUUUUUGGAGUUUUUGUUACGAGGAGUUUCUUAAGCACUCGUUCAGUCUUCGGUACUAUCUGAAGCAGAAUGAAAUUUUCUGAUGAAAUGUCAAACUUCGUUCUUUUGACACUUUGUCAGGAAAGUAACAGAAAUGUAACUCUUAGAUAACAAUCUUCGAUCAUGCACUGGAUUGCGUGAAUAUGAUAGUUUCACGUUUUUCCAAGUACUACUGUUCAAUAGUAUAUUUUCUUACAUAUUUUAUGCAAUUAAAAAUAUUUUCUCUGUGACAUUUUACCCAGUACGAUAUAGUUGUGUAGUCACAAGAAAGUGGUAAUUUAUGUAUGUGUAAUUUAUAAAUAACUUAAUUCAAAUGUAAGUCGAUACAUUAUACGAAUUAUGCGAAUUGAUCGAAUACGGGAAUCUUAAUACUACAUCCAAUGAUUUAUUUAUUUUUAGAUAUGAUUAUUUAUUAUUACCUUCUCGGGUGCCAUACCCAACUAUUAUUUAUUGUACGCGUUAACAACUAGGUUAUGUAUAGUCUGUAAGUUAUGUAUUGUACAAAGAUAAACUAAUACUUCGAUUACACUACCUCGAAGUUGUAUCGUAUAUUAUUGUUUCGUUCGUAAUAAAUGAUGUAAAAAGAACAACUACUAUUGUAUCAUACUUUAUAUUACCAAAACUAGUAUAAUAUAAUGCAAUGCUCAUCGAAA